AUGGCUGAAGAGGCGGGUAUGUUUAUGGUUCAUCAAACUGUUGGCAGUGUACUAUGUUGCAAAUGCGGUAUCCCCAUGGCACCAAAUGCUGCCAAUAUGUGUGUCAAGUGUUUGCGCUCUGAAGUUGAUAUUACGGAAGGUUUGCAGAAGCAUGUGACCAUUGUUCAUUGUCCAGAGUGUGAUUGCUACUUGCAGCCUCCAAGAACUUGGAUCAAAGCCCAAUUAGAAUCAAAGGAGCUGCUAACCUUCUGUGUUAAGAGAUUGAAGAAUUUGAAUAAAGUUAGGCUAGUUCAUGCCGAAUUUAUUUGGACUGAACCUCACUCCAAGAGGAUCAAGGUUAAGUUGAAAGUUCAGAAGGAGGUUCUUAAUGGAGCAAUACUUGAACAAUCAUAUGUUGUAGAGUAUGUUCAACAGGAGCAUAUGUGUGAGUCUUGUUCAAGGGUUCAGGCCAACCCUGACCAGUGGGUUGCAUCUGUGCAACUCCGCCAGCAUGUUUCUCACCGACGCACGUUUUUCUAUCUGGAGCAGCUGAUCCUGAGGCAUGGUGCUGCUGCUAGUGCCAUAAAAAUAAAGCAGAUGGAACAAGGUAUCGACUUCUUUUUUGCAAACCGGAGUCAUGGUGUGAAAUUUGUGGAAUUUGUUGGUAAAGUUGCUCCAGUAAGGAGUCGCAGUGACAAACAGCUUGUUUCCCAUGAUUCUAAAAGUAAUAAUUAUAAUUAUAAGCAUACAUUCUCAGUUGAGAUAAGCCCCAUUUGCCGUGAAGAUUUGAUUUGUCUGCCUCCCAAGGUCAGGUCCAGUUUGGGAAACCUCGGUCCUCUUGUGAUCUGCACUAAAGUGACCAACAGUAUUGCUUUGUUUGAUCCUUUCACCCUGAGACAUUGUUUCCUUGAUACUGAUCAGUAUUGGAGAUAUUCCUUUAAAUCUCUACAUACAAGCAGGGAGCUAGUGGAGUAUAUAGUGCUUGAUAUUGAGAUUAUUUCGCCUGAAGUUAAUGUCGGUGGCUCAAGGUUUGCUUUAGCUGAUGCACAAGUUGCUCGUGUCUCUGACUUUGGGAAGAAUGAUACUAUUUUCAACAUAAAAACACAUCUUGGCCAUCUUUUAAACCCCGGGGAUUAUGCUCUUGGUUAUGACUUAUAUGGGGCUAACAGUAAUGACGAUGAACUAGAGAAGUACAGGGGUCUAGUCAUUCCUGAUGCAAUUUUAAUAAAGAAGAGCUACGAAGAAAAGCGACAGAAGAAGCACGCGAAGGCUCGUCCAUGGAAGCUUAAAUCCCUUGGCAUGGAAGUUGAUGAUAAAGCUAAACUUGAUCAAGAAAAGGUGGACUCUGAGUAUGAGCAGUUCUUGAAGGAUCUGGAGGAGAACCCUGAGAUGAGGUUGAAUAUAUCAUUAUACCAUAAUGAAGAGUACCAGCCGUCAGAGAUGGCAUCCAUGACUGAUGGGGAAGAUGCACCUUCUGUCCCACUUGAAGAGUUGCUUGCUGACCUUGAACUUCGUGAUGGUGAGGAUGAGGAUGACAGUAGCAUGAGGGAGUGA